ACGCAGUGAUUAUAUUUAUAUGCUCUUUGAUUCAGCCUUGUUUAUUGAUUCGUUUCUUCAUUUUGUUUUAUAUGACUUGUCAAUAACAUUGGAAGAUUUAUUUUAUUUUCUCUGAUAUUAUAAUCCGUGGUUUCUGACGUGAUGGAGGCGCUACAGUCGUGUCGCUGUUGCCUGCGGCGCUCCCCGGACAGAGAUAUGAAUAUGCCAUAUUUACAUCACGACAAAACGGAGAUAUAUUCGGUCAUGCUAGCAGAAUGCUUCGAUAUACAUUUAAUGGGUAGCAAGACUGACGUUGGUAUCUGCGAGAUAUGCCUGGGCCGGCUGCGAGACGCCAGUGACUUCAAGCUGCAAGUACAGCGCAGCCAGGAGGAGUUGCAGCAGCUGCUUGGAGAAUGUAUAGUUAAAGAUGAAUCUAAGAUUAAACAAGAAAUAUCAGAUGACAACGUAACAGACGAUUUCGGACAUGAAUCUAAGCUUAAACAAGAAAUAUCAGAUGACGACAUAACAGAUGAUUUCGGACCCGAAGACUCUGGAGUAGAAUCCAAUGUUUUGAAGCCAAUAGUAAAACUUAUACAACCGCAAAUAAUAAAAGUAGAGUACGUACCAAAACCGCCGCUCGCGAGCCGGCCGUGUCCCGCGUCAUCACACCGCGAGCCGCGCCGAGCCAAGAGUGUGGUAGUCGCGCCGGCUCACACGCCCGCCGCCCGCGCCGACCAAGUCUACGAGUGCGGUACAUGCUGGAAACAGUUCACAAUGAAGAAAUAUUUAAUCGGUCACAUGAAGAUUCACAACGAAGCAAAGUCUUUCAUGUGUGAAGUUUGCAAAAGGCAGUUUAAACAAAAACAUCAUUUGAUUGACCACAGGCGUAUUCACACUGGAGACCAGCCUUACAGCUGCGAAGUUUGUGAGAAGCGGUUUUCACAUAAAUCGUCUUUAAUAGUACAUAAGAGGAUUCACACUGGUGAAAAACCUUACAAGUGUGAAAUAUGCAACAAAAGUUUCACACAAAAUUCAGCUUUACUUUUUCAUAAAGGAAUCCACGGGAAGAAAGCUUACUUCUGUGAGAUGUGCGGCAAGGGAUUUUCUCUAAAGUGCAACUUUACUGCGCAUGUACGUACACACACUGGUGAGAAACCAUAUGAUUGUGAAGUAUGUAAAAGACGGUUUAGCCAGCGAUCUAGCCUCAAAAGACAUACAAGAAUUCACACAGUUGAGACGCCGUACGCUUGCAGAACAUGUGAAGAGAAAUUCAAAGAUUUUUCAAGUUAUAUUAAACACAAACAAAUUCAUACCGGGAAGAAGCCUUUCACAUGUGAUAUAUGUAAUAAAUCAUUCGGCCGUAAAACUCACCUUAAUAGGCAUAAGCAACUUCAUACAGGAGAGAAACGGUUCUGUUGCGAUAUCUGUGGAAAGCGAUUCACAGAAAAAUAUACAUUAAAUAAUCAUAAAUUGGUUCACUCAAAAAAUCACUCUUCUAACAACGAGUGACAAAAGCUUGGGCAUGUUGAUUCCUUUUUUAUUUCAUAAUUUGUUACUGAAUUAUAGAUAAUAGAUGCCUUUUAA